AAGAAUGGUCAUGUUUCGUUAAAAGUAACUCGUCAAUUAAAGUCACCCCCGAAGCGAUCGAAUAGCUCACAAUCAAGACAAACGUCAAAAGACAAACCAUCUUAUGUGAUGAAUAGUGAUGUGCUGAAAAUUGCGCAACGGGAGAAAAAGAAAAUUCAACUUCAAGGCUCUCGUAAGAAAGUUCGUGGAAUUUUGAGUCGUCGAUUGCGUUCCAAUGGCACGAAUCGAGUAUCGGUGAGUGACAAACACGAAUCACUCGUGAUUGGCAUGGACCCGUCCAAAGGCCCUUUACAGCACGUUCCUAAAGCAAAACCAGAUUCCAAUAUUGAUGAUGACGACGAUAGUGAAUGA